AUGCCAGCGGGACGCAGCGGGAGGCUGCAGCACUAUCUGCUGCUCUUGGCUGUGACCUGGGGUGCCAACUUCUUCCCCUCAGCAGCACAGGCUUUGCAGAGGAUCCCGCUGCGGAGGAUGCCCUCCAUCCGUCAGACACUGCAGGAGAUGGGGCUGAAGGUCUCGGAUGUCUUCCCGGAGCUGAGGCAGAGCAGACGCCGCAGUGUGGUGGCUCCCCGGAAUGGAACAGCUCCCACUCUCCUCACCAACUACCUGGAUACACAGUAUUUUGGAGAGAUCAGCAUUGGCACCCCUGCACAGACCUUCAAGGUGGUCUUCGACACGGGCUCAGCCAACCUGUGGGUGCCAUCCUACAAGUGCUCCCCCCUCUACAGUGCCUGUGUGUCCCACAGCCGUUACGACUCCUCCCGCUCCCGCACGUUCGUAGCCAACGGCACCGGCUUCGCCAUCCGCUACGGCACGGGCAGCGUCAAAGGCUUCCUCAGCCAAGACAUCGUCAUGGUGUCAGACAUCCCCAUCAUCCAGGUGUUUGCUGAGGCAACGGCCCUGCCUGCCUUCCCCUUCAUCUUUGCCAGGUUUGAUGGGGUGCUGGGGAUGGGUUACCCCAGCCAGGCCAUCGAUGGCAUCACCCCUGUGUUCGACCGGAUCCUCUCCCAGCAGAUCCUCCAGGAAGAUGCGUUUUCAGUCUACUACAGCCGAGCUUCGAAGAACUCUCCUCUGAAGCCUGGGGGGGAAAUCAUCCUGGGAGGCAGCGACCCAGCCUACUACAGCGGGGACUUCCACUACCUGAACGUCAGCAAAAGCGGCUACUGGCAGAUCAGCAUGAAAGGGGUGUCUGUAGGGGCUGAAAUCCUGUUCUGCAAGGAAGGCUGUUCAGUGGCCAUCGACACAGGAGCAUCCUACAUCACUGGCCCAGCUGGUCCCAUCUCUGUGCUGAUGAAAGCCAUUGGGGCAGUAGAAAUGGCUGAAGGAGAGCACGUGGUGGACUGUGAGCGAGUCCCUCAGCUGCCCAACAUCUCCUUCCACCUGGGAGGGAAGGUCUAUGCACUCAGUGGCUCAGCCUAUGUCCUCCAGCAAUCCCAGUAUGGGGAGGACAUCUGUGUGGUGGCUUUCUCAGGGCUGGACAUCCCCCCUCCAACUGGUCCCCUCUGGAUCCUGGGUGCCAGCUUCAUCGGCCACUACUACACCAAAUUCGACCGGCGCAACAACCGCAUCGGCUUUGCCACGUCCCGCUGA